AGAGGUCAAAAGACUCUGAAAGCGGCUACAGAUGUCCACGCAGAAGGCGAGACUAUGUUAAAACAAUCUUACACAGGAAUGCAAUCCCUGGAGAAAGCAAUGGCGGAACUUGAUCACCCGGGACAUAUGCCCGAGGGUCUUGAUGAACACGUUUGGCAGAGAUUGGUUCAAGCAAGAAGAUUGAAAGUUGAAAGUGAACAAAAGGUUGGUGGUAUCUUUGUAUAAGCAUUUUUAUAUAUGGGUAUAUACAUUCGUGCCAGAGGACCUAUAGUUGCACUUUCCUCAGCUGUUCCUAAAAGGCUAAAAGGGUAAAUAAUUUACACUCGAAAAUCUAUCUGUGUUUAUCUAUAUAUAUUUUUGCACCUAGGUAAAGACAAAAGCCUUAAUUUUGGCUGACAUGAACGCUUUCUUGCAAAGAAGAUUUGUGGAGGACGAAUCACUUCGAGCUGAAAUUGAGCGUCUUUUUAAGGAGCUACAAAAGUAUGUAAACAAUAAACAAUGAAUAUAAUUAAUGACAAAUACUAAAUAGAAACAUGCUUGAAAUUAUGCAUUUUUAAUUUUUUUUCAGUUUACGUGACGAGAAAAUGAAGUUUACUAUGGAUUUAGAAGUUCAACUAUUGCUAAAACAAGGCCAGGUGAGAACAAAGUUUUGUAACUACCGAGCUCGUGUUAUGACUUCUGCUAUAGUGUACCAAGGCCUUUGCAAGGAUUUUAGAUUUUGGAACUGUUUCUAAAUAGCCCAGACAGAUUUAUUAACAGAUCUUGUUAUAAAGCUAGUGCUUAAACUAAACAUGAUUGGCUGAUUUGUGGUGACGUGAAUUUAUCCACUAUAAAUAAAAUAUAGUUGUUCUCUUUUGUGGAAACACUACGAACAUUUAUUUGCCACGUGGUGUUUCCACAAAACAAGGAACUUCGUUUUGGUCGCUGUUAAUUCUGAUUAUUUUCAUGUAGGUUGAAGUUCCUCCAGACUCGUUCAUUACUGACUACUCUGAUAGUACAUUGGUCCAUCGUUCUGUCAUUGAAGAUUUAAACGCCACUAUUCGUGUAAGAACCUGUGAGCUCUCUUUCUCUUUGUAUUUUUCUGAAAUAUACGUACAGUGUUUACUUAUUGACUAAUACUCUCCACUUAUAUUUUUUCAUUCCAAGUCUUUGGGAGAUGCUAAAAUCAACAUUAUGGUUGAAAGUAAAGAUUUUAGAAAGGGAAUUCAUGCUUUGGAAUGGUGAGUUUGUUUUAUAGUUUGCAUGGUUGGAUAAUGUCUGAACACUUGGUCAGAAUAUUACCUACUGAACCACUACAUUCGAGAUCAAGUAACAGCUGUCCUGUUUCUAAGUUUAAAAAAAGUUUUAAUUUUAUUUACUAAAGGGAACAUAAGAAGAUGAAGAUGCAAAUUGAAGAUUUAGAAGCAAGAGCACGUGACAUUCAGCUACUGAGAGUGACAAAAGAUUUGCAGCAGGUAAUUGAGGAUGGAUUUCCUGAAAGGGAUGGGGCCUACCCCUCGCUGUGACCAAUGGGACUAAUUGAUUGUUUCCCUCGUUUUUGUCAUGCAGUAUCUAGGUGAAGUUGAUCAACAAGCCAUCCAGCAGAAAGAAGUGGCAACAUUAGAACAAACGCUUCAACUUUAUCAGAAGGUAAUAUUAAUAAGUUAGGCUUAUUAGUUUAUUACCUUGGAUGGAUCCAGCAUGAUCUGGUAGGGUGAGGAGGGGGGGGGGGAGCUGCUCUGCCAGCUCUGGUGCCGAGUUGUGUCGGUCAUGCGUGCCACCCGCCCAUCAACAUAUUGUAUUUGAAUUGUAAUUGUAUUGUAUUGUAUUGUAUUCGAAAGGCUGAUAUGGUGCUAAGCAUGAUCUGGCAUGAUCUGGCAGCUCUGUUGCCGGGUUGUGUCGGUCAUGUGUGCGUCACCCGCCCAUCAACAUACUGUAAUUGUUGUUCACAGUUCGCUUAUCAUCAUGUUAUUACUCAAUUACUGUAUCUCAUUUUGUCUCUCAUUUUGCUUUAUCAUGAAAAAUAGCACCCGCACCUCCUCUGGCCAGGGCUGGGGACCCCCCCCCCCCCAGUAAAUCCAUCCCUGCUUAUUACCUUAUUACUGGUAAUAAGGAAGAAAAUUACGAAAGUAGCCCUCUUAAUACUGGCAUCAUUUGUGUCUUUGGCUCAACCUAAGAAAUAGUAUAAGUGAAAACUUUCAACUACUCCUCAGACUCACGCACGAAAUGUGGAAGAUCGUCAUCGGGUGAUUCGUGAUUUGAAAAAAGCGAUUAGAAAGAAAGAAAUUGAGAACGAGAGAUUGGAUAUUGAUUUAGAAGAAAUGGCGAUCACAGUCGCGGAAAGAAAGAAUGUCAGCAAUCCUGAUGGUGAGUGUUAUUACGAUGUAUAAGGGGCGGCGGUGUACAGGGAGAGUUUCAGCUUGCACAAUUUUUUUCGGCCGUCUGCUUGUGCUGAAAUUAUUUUGCGUAAUUUUAAAGGUAUUUUUCUUUGCUUUUGUCUUUGCACGAUUUUUUUUCUUUUGUUUACCUUGCGCGAAUUUUUUUUUGUUUUCCCCAGCCCCUGAGAAUGGGCUCGAAACGGGGCUUUUCCCCAAAUUUGUAAAGUAGUUGCACACAUAUAACGAAGACAUCUUACCAGGGAGCGCUACCUGGGGACAUGCUGAUAUGAUCUCCUCUGAUAUAAUCAUGUUGUUGAUUGCUAUAUACAUACUAUUACCAUUGCAGCUGAAAACCAGGCAGAAGCUAACAGUGAACGCCGACUCAAGAAUAUCGUAGCUCGUCGUAGGCUGGUCGACUUGGCGAAAGCCCAAGCACAGGAGGUAGCCAUAUUAAGAGCCGAAGUUGAGCGAUUACGCAUGCGCACCUUCCCUGCCUUGGUUCAGGUUGAUCAGUAGUUAAGUAUUUUGUGUAUAUUUUGUGAACGUUGUUACAAUGUAAAAUAGUCGAGCGCGGUGCUCUUUCGUUUUGAGAAUAUAAUACAUUUAUAUAAGAUCAAAGACGUUAACAUUUAAAGACUUCAUGCGAGAAAAUGGCGCACAGUAUUUUCAACAUGUUAUACACAAGCCGGACUCUAUUCUCCGACUACGCAUUUGAUUUGAAAUCGAGCGAGCUUCCUAAUAAACAGAAUUUGGCAUUGGUGAAAACUCAUAAUGGUAGGUAUAGAGAUAAAAGUUUUACAACCAUUCAUAUUCAGUUUCACUUAAUUUUCAUAAAAUUAGCAGAAGUCACCUAACUGGGACGGGUAAGUAAGAUUUUAACUAAAAGACCUACUUUAAGAAUUCUCAUGCAUAUGUCGUUGGUGAUACCAACAUGGUUUUCGAGUUUGGCAAGCUAUCGCUGUAGGUAUUGACUGCAAAAGAGCAAUGGUCAUUCUCAGUUCAAAUUUCAAAAUAUGAUACAAAUUAUUGUUCAACUUUGAAAAUGCCGACUGAAUGUCGUGGUUUAAAUAAAGUACACGGACUCUCGCACAACAUUUCCAUACGGAAAUAAACUUUAUUAUGUACAAUUUAUGUAAGGCACUAGUUUGCCAACACUUCAGUUCUGCAUAAACUACAUAUAUGUUAACUGUACUUAAUAUAAAGAAUUCAAACACCCAUAUUUAUUGCCCAGUCAUUCUACAGUACCAAAUGGGAUCAAAAUAUUUCCAUCCGCACUUCUACCUGAUUAGCUGUUUACAUUCGUUGCUACCCAAUUCACAUUUUUGGGAAACUUGCAGCGGCAGGGGGGAGGGGCAUUUUGUCCCGGUCCCACCUCUCGGCAGCCCUGAUAACUUACAUGCCAAGCUACCGCUGAGAGCACUUAAACUGUAUACAGCUAUUUCAUUUAAGGUUGUCCCCCGAGCAAAGAGGAAAAGUCGAAUACGAGCGCGAAAGGCUGCUGGGAAUCGCUAAUAAAUGAAUGAAUUUAUUAGCGAUUCCCAGCAGCCUUUCGCGCUCGUAUUCGACUUUUCCGCUUUGCUCGGGGGGCAACCUUAAAUGAAAUAGCUGUAUAUGUGAGUGAAUUGUGUGGCAACAGUCAUAAUCACUGAGUCAGACUAGGUUUAUUUACCCAAAUCAGGAAGCGACUACAAAGGAGAGGGACUUUCCUUUUGAGGAGUAAAAUCGUCGAGCGUCAAUAGACGAUGGUGAAGUGUUUGGAGCCCUGCUCUCAUAAAAUAUAACACAACAUUUUAUUUCAGUUCGUUUGUCUCAAUUUGAUAAAUUUGGUAAUUCUUUCAUGGCAUUUUCACAAGAAUGCAUUCUCUUCCUUAGCCGUUCGAAGUCCCCAUCGCAUUCUUUUCGUUUAUUUUUGAGAGAGUUCAAGUCUUGUUUCAUCUUCUGGAUACAAUGUUCCUUGUUCUUGAUUUGAAUGUCGAUUUCUACGAAAUGUAACGGAAACGUAAGUAUAAAGCGUUUUAAUGGCGGCCAUGUAUGUUAAGU